UGACAGAAUUACUUGGCGGAAAUUUUGAAUUAGUGGAAACUGGAAAGUAUUCAGGAAAAUAUAUAGGGUAGGACUCUUCUGGGUGGCCCAGUGGUGGUAUGAGCUUCGGACUUCCACGUAGGAGGUUUCAAGUUUGAAAUCCCUUGCCAGCAAAGGGGUUUGCCUUCUAGGUCGAGCUCGUCGCACCAGACUUGCCUAGUGCGAGUUACCUCUCUUACGUGGUUUUCGAGCUAUUGCAUAGGAGCGAGGGUUUUACCUUGUGCGCACCCAAAGGGCAGGUUUCAAAAAGCAACUACGUAGUAAUGACACAAUAUUUUAUUACUGAAAACUUUAAAAAAAUUCCUCCAAUCAAACUACAAAGAGAUAAAUAAAAAAGAAAUGCUUCUGGAUCUACUCAUUAUUGACUAGUGAGCGAGAUUUCAAAGGUAAACAUUAUUUGCAGAAUUAGCAUUACUGUUGAAGGCUGCUGCAAAGAGACGAAGACAAAAAAUGGGUGGUUUUGUUAAGCUAUUGGACUUGCUUCUUUUCAUCUACUUCUUCUUCAUGGCCAUUGUUGCACCACUUUUUGAUGGUCAAACUGCCCUUCCUAAACACAUUUUUCACCCUGUACUGGUUGACCUAAAGAGCUGGUAUACUGAAGAAUGUGGUGAUUAUUUGGUUUCUGAGAAACCCCAUUUCUUUGUUGGGUUAAUCUGGUUGGAGCUUCUCUUUGCUUGGCCCAUCUGCCUCCUUAGUCUUUAUGCCAUUGCAGCUGGAAAAGUUUGGAUUAAAACUACCUCCUUGCUAUAUGGUGUUUCCACUCUCACUUCAAUGGUUGUAAUACUAAGUGAAAUGAAGAAUUCCGCAAAAGCAUCAGACAAGUUGUUGAUGGUGUACUAUCCAUUUCUAGGAUUUGCUGUUUUAGCGAUUUUACGUGGUUUACUACCUCAUUCUAGCAAGAGUGUUAGCAUUGGAAAAGGAUCUGCGAUAAGCAGGAAGAAGAGGGCUUAACCUUUCAACUCGGAAGCUAGAAUUGAAGAGUUUAUAUUUCUUUUCGCAUUGAUCUUUCAAUUUCAACUCUAGAAACCAUAUCAAUUUUUUUAAUUAUCUUUUUUCUCUGUUUCCCUAGCUAAUAUAAAGUUCUGAUGCUAGCUUGUGUAUGAGUUUUAAGGUCACAAGUUCGAGCCCUGCACCAGUAUUUAAGUGGACAAGGAUAAAAGGGGCUGGACCCAUCAUCCUUAAGUUUCAUAGGCUAACUUAGAAUUGGGAUUUUUGUAUGUAUAAUCCUUGUUAAUUGCAUGUCUAAGACCUUGAGAUGUAAUGGUUUCUAACAAUUCGAAAUUAUAAGUCAAUAUAGGAAACCACUGUGUAAUUGUUGA